GCAGGAAUCUCGACCAGACCACGAACAAUUUCUGGCAUCGUUCAGUCUUCGAGUUUGCUGGUAGAACUUAACAUGUGUGGUGUUACGAAGAAUCAACCCACGUGCGCACAAACAAACUUCAGUUAUCGGCAAUACUUUUCGAUUCUCCUCAUUACAUUCGCCACUUUAACACAUGUGCAUUGUGAUCAAAGUAACUUGACCAAAUCAUGCGUUGAACUUUACGAAAAAGGGGUAGAGUCAUACCUCGACAAUAAAUUUCCAGAAUGCGUUUAUAAUUUGGAAAAUGCCGUGAUCAAAUAUCACCAAUAUCGGAGAACAUUACAGAACUGCAGAUUGGCCUGUAGGAGGGAAGCCGAAGAUGCGGAGCCUCUGUAUGCUGUCGAUGUGGAAAACUUGAAGUUUUUCGAAAAAACGAUACGGAAUACUUUGUGUGUUAUCAAGUGCAAAGAUAAGUUAUUGGAGGAUUCUGGGAAGUUCAACAUCAAUGAGGAUAUUGAGAAUCUUUUCGAGAUGAGGAAGCCGUAUGAGUACUUGCACAUUUGCUAUUUUCAGAUGAAGGAGAUUCAAAAAGCUGCAUCUGCUGUUUUUACGUAUCUUGUCACUCAUCCAGAUCACAAAACUAUGUUAUCGACUCUCAAAUAUUAUUCGUCCUUUGACGGCGUUGAUUUGAAAGACGUCAUAAAUUUCGAGGCAAAGGAUUAUGCUUACUUGUACAGUCAUGGCAUUGAUGCAUACGAAGCAAAAGAUUGGAAAGGUGUGAUAGAUAACAUGGAGGAAUCCUUGGUUGAUUUUUUACAGGCUGAGGAGGAGUGUAGGGCUCAAUGUGAAGGACCUUUUGAUCAUGGUUGGCUGCCAGAUUUCAUUCCAUCAAUUGCCAACCAUUUCACGUUUUGCUUGAAAUGUAAGAGUUUAUGUUACUCUAAGCUCAACUCCAUAAAUACAGAGAAGUAUGAAGAUUUAUUACCAAGCCAUUACCAUUACCUGCAGUACGCUUAUUACAAAGUUGGUAACAUGAGGAUGGCAUGUGAAGCAGUUGCAAGUUAUCUAUUAUUCAUUCCCAAAGACGAAACCAUGCUUAGCAACAUGGAAUUUUACAAAAAAAUGCCAAAAGUGGAAAAACAAUAUUUCAAACCUAGAAAAGAAGCAUUGCUCUACAUCGAACGUCUGACUUACGAAAAAAAACUGAUGAAAUUCAUCGACAAGGAGUUCAAUUUUCACACCUUAAAAGAAGAAGAUUCUGCCAAGGAAACAAAACUCCAAUUCACUGUUACAAAAACAGCUCAAGAUCUGAAAGGAACUAAAAGAUUCGUCGCGGGAGGAAUCAUGAGCAAAAAUCAAUGUAGAACCAUUAUUAACAUUCUUAGAACAUUUGCUAAGGUAGGAGAUGGCUAUGAUACAGCUACUCCACACACUAAAAAUGAGAUAAUUGAAGGAAUAUCGAUGGAACGAAUAAUUCUUUUGGUACACUAUGGAAUAUUGAAUAGCAAGUAUUUGGAAAUGCUUCUGGAGAUAACAGAGGAGACUAAGGCAAAUAUAGAAAACUAUUUCAACGUAGAAGAACCUUUAUAUUUCUCCUAUACACAUUUUGUAUGUAGAACUGCAAUUAAAGGUGAUCUAGGAAAUCGUAGUGAAUUGAGCCAUGAAAUUCAUGCAGAUAAUUGUAAUAUUUACCCUGAUGGAGUAUGCGAAAAAGAAGCUCCUUCCUAUACUUGGAGAGACUACAGUGCCAUAAUUUAUUUGAACGACGAUUUCCUUGGCGGAGAAUUUUUUUUUAGUUCUGAUAUGAAUCCUGAAUCAUCACAGAGUACUGUUCACCCCAGUUGUGGAAAGAUGGUGGCCUUCUCUUCAGGAGUUGAGAACCUACAUGGUGUUAAGGCAGUUAGGAGAGGUACAAGAUGUGCAAUUGGUUUGUGGUUCACCUUCAAUCCUGAGUAUAAAGAAAACUACAGGGAUUUGGCUUAUGACGUUAUAGAGAAUAUCCGAGAGAAAAAUGCAUGAAACUUCAUAUUAAUUCAAUAUUGUUUCAUAAGUGAUUGUUAAAAUUCAAGUGAGACCUAGUCACUGUUAACUUUUGACUGUGAGUUUAUAUGGUAUUGUUUUUUGUUGAAUCGAUGAUAUGCAUAUUCUGUUGUUAAUUUUACAUUAAUUAAAUGUUUAUUUGAAGUAAA